AUGAUCAGCAAACUCGGAAACGAUCUCCUCGCCGAAAUUCUGAUUCGCCUCCCGAAUCCUAGAUCUGCCUGCCAGAGCAAAGUCGUCUGCAAGCUGUGGAGAUCCCUGAUUUCUGAUCCCUGCUUCAGUCGUCGUUUCCUUUCUCACCACCAGCGCAUGAACAAACCAGCUCCUCCUCAACUUCUUCUUCUCUCAGAUGACAGGGAAUCGGUCGUCCUGAGAUUUCUCCCCACACCACACCCGUUGAAGAGGGAGGUUUUCGAUUGUUUCAAGGACUUGCUUUUAUGCGGGUUGGGGGAAGUAGGUGACCGCCAUAGUAAUGCUGAACUUGCCAGAUCGUACUUGAUCUGCAAUCCUUUCACGAAGCAAUGGAUCGCUCUCCCUUUGGCCCCCGAAAGACCCGUGGGGCUUACGGAAUUGUGUGCAAGGUUAGUUUGCGAACCCUUAAUUUCUGAUAGUCUUGAUCUAGGAGGUGGCUAUGAGUAUCGGUUCCGCGUGGUCUGUAUUUAUCAAGAUAGGAAUUCCAUGAAGCUAGAUGUGUUCUCUUCCGACUCUGGAAAAUGGAACAAGGAGGCUCUCGUUCUUCAAGGUUGUCGCAGACACCGAAUGAUUGAUGUUGGUUCAUGCAAUGGGGCUUUUAUAUGUGCCCUAUCUUAG